UGUUACUUCUUCUCGUGCAUACAUGGAUUGGAUUAAGAAAGGAAAGUACAACUCUCUGAACCUUAGACUUAGCUGCCAGUUACUACACAUGCAUAUCGCUGGCUCUCAUUUUUUGACAGAGGUAAACCUUACCGGCUUUUGUAGAAACUAGAAAGCAUAUAGGGUUUUGAACUUUUCAAGUGCGUCCGUCUUGAACUCUUGAUAGAAGAACUUUGCUCUACUAGUAUUGAGUUGUUGAUGAUUGUCCUCAUAGUCGCCGUUACGUCCUCCAUAGCUGCAAGCAGUGGCGCGCAGCAUCAUCAGUGCAACUCUGCAGGCUACCCUACGCCGCAGGCUAGUAGAUUCUCCUGUCCUGUAACACCACCGUUUCCGCGCUACAAAACUCCAUCAUCUCGAAUCAGAUACCACACUAGCUCAAAGCUGGAGCAAAAAAAGAACAGGCUCAGCAGCUCCCCGCUUUCCCCCGCCACAGCCGCAACCGCAAUCGCUUUAUGCCGUCCCUCUCGUCUCUGCCGAUAACUCAACGAUGCUCUGCAUGGACAGCUCGCAUGCCGUCCACACGGCGCCAAAAGUCAAGCGGCUCUACAUUAUUCCUUCGCUCUGCACUUCAUUAUCAUCAGCAAUCUGAAAAAUGCUAUCUCACAUCAUCUUGUUCUAGACUACCUUCUGGUUCUUCUUUCUGCAGUGCAGCCAUAUAUAUAUAUGGCAGCCAUCUGCUGAGCUUUCUUGCAACGAUCGAGUUUCAGUUUCAGGUAGACUGUAGACUGCAGGCCGCAGACGAUCAAUGGGGGCGUCGACGUCGACGUCGCGGCAGGAGACAGCGUCGGCGUCCGACUCGUCGCGCGCCGGAGACGGCCGGGCCGUGGCCGUGGUGGCGAGCAGCGCUGCCUCUGCCACUGGUAGCAACAGCAACAACCAGGCCCAGUCGAAGAGGGCGCCGCUUCCUCACAAGUUCCAUGAGAUAGUCGCGCAGGCGGCGACGACGACGACGGGCGGCACUCCUGCAGCUGCCGCCGAACUGGAGGAUCAGGUGUACAGCACGGGGGUCUACCUUGCUGGCAAAACGAAGAAGUACUGGGUGCACGAGAAAACCAGGUGCAACUGCUUCAUGCUGUUCGCUAGGGCACUGUCCAUCACUUGGAGCGAUGAUCCCAGAUACUGGAUCUGGCAUCCCGUCAAAGAAACAAACAGCGACGCCGAGGUGGAGGCUGCGUCGCUGCAGAACGUGUGCUGGCUGGAGGUGCACGGGAAGCUGGAGCUGUCGCACCUCACGCCGGGGAUCACCUACGACGUCGUCUUCGAGGUGAUGCUGACGGAGCCGGCGUACGGGUGGACGGUGCCGGUGAACCUGCGGCUCAGGUUCCCCGACGGCGCGGUGCAGGAGCGGAAGGAGAAGCUGCAGGACAGGCCAACGAAGCAGUGGCUGGAGCUCAAGGCCGGGGAGGUGAAGACGGCGGCGCAGCCGGGGGAAGGGCACAGCGGCGGCGGCGAGCUGGAGAUCUCCCUGUUUGAGUACGAUGGUGGGCUCUGGAAGAAGGGGCUCCUCAUCAAGGGCGUCAAGAUCGUCCCCAAGGAGUGAUGAUUAGUAUUAAUUUGUUUCAUUUCGCGCUUUUGUUUUCGUGUCAGGGUGUGCCAAAAACAACUUGUAAGACCAAUGAGAUACGUGGAAUAAUAAUGACAUGUGAGGCACUGCGUGUUUUAAGGCUU